AUGGCACCAAAGAAAGGAGUCGAGGCGCCGACAAACAAUGUCGUCGCCUUCGGGCGCGUCAAGUCCAACCUCAAGAUGGGUUGUGUUGGCUUGCCGAACGUGGGCAAGAGUUCUCUGUUCAACCUGAUGACAGAGCAGAGCGCUGCAGCAGAAAAUUACCCCUUCUGCACCAUCGAGCCAAAUGAGGCGCGCUGCAGUGUUCCUGAUCCGAGAUACGACUUCCUGUGCAAGGUCUGGAACCCACCGAGUAAAUACCCGGCGUAUUUGCAGGUUACCGAUAUUGCGGGAUUAAUCAAGGGUGCGAGUGAGGGAGCUGGCUUGGGAAAUGCUUUCUUGAGUCAUAUUCAGGCUGUGGAUGGCAUGUACCACGUUGUCCGCGCAUUCGAUAACGAUGAAGUCCUGCAUGUGGAUGACUCCGUUGAUCCUGUCCGUGAUUUAGAUACAAUCCAGAGCGAGUUGUGUAAGAAGGAUUUGGACAUUCUUGCCAAAGCUAAGGUUGCUGAGGAGGCAAUUGUGCGGAAGGCUGGAGGAAAAUUCAAGAUGCUGCCGCUGUUCGACGAGACGACUGCUAAGAUUAAGGCGCUCUUGGAACAGGAUAAGCCUGUUAGAGACGGAGAGUGGACCACUCCGGAAAUCGAGUUGAUCAACGAGAAGUUGCGCCUUAUCACUACCAAGCCGGUGAUCUACCUCAUCAACCUUACAAUGAAAGACUACCUCCGCCAGAAAUGCAAGUACCUGCCCAAGAUCGCGGAGUGGGUUAAGGCCCACGGCGGCCAAGGCACAGAUAUUAUCCCCUUCUCCGUCGAGUUUGAGGAGAAGCUGUGGUCCCUCAGGGAUGACAAGCCAGCUCUAGAUGCCUUCAUGGCCGACGUUAAGGUCCAGAGCCGCUUGGGAAAGAUUACUACCGAAGGUUUCACUAAGCUGGGACUGCAGUAUUACUUUACUGCCGGCGAGAAGGAGAUCCGCUGCUGGCCGAUCAAGCAGGGAACACUGGCUCCACAAGCAGCUGGUGUCAUUCACGGCGACUUUGAGCGCGGUUUCAUCAAGGCCGAAGUUGUUGCGUACCAGGAUUUCCAUGACCUCUGCAACGGCGAGAAGUCGAUGGCGCCUAUCAAGUCAGCCGGUAAGUAUAGACAGGAGGGCAAGUCUUACGUCGUGCAGGAUGGCGAUAUUAUUCACUUCCAGUUCAAUGUUGCACCCCCAAAGAAGAAGUAG